AUGGAGAGCCAACAAUUGCGGAAGUACAUUGAAUUGUACAACAAGGAGACUGAGGAAUUCUACCACUGUGCGGCGUCGGGCCGUUCUCCACGGGAGUUCCAUCCGUCCAAAGUGCACGUUAGAAGCAUUCACGAGAAGCCGAAUGCCGCGAAAACCAUUAUAGAGGCCUCUAGUCUCGGUGUGGAGUGGAACAGCGAGGAGAAGCAGACGUUCUUCUGGUGUCUUUCACGCUACAGCAUCCAUCGUGUGGAGGAGUGGCGUUCACUGCUGCCUCGAAAGAGCGCCAUGGAGAUCCUGGGCUAUUACAGAUUAUUACGCCGGGCUUGCGCGCACUCGCGCAAGGCGGGUGAUGAGGGCGCACCCAUUGCGUACGAAAUGAGCGCCGAGUGGGUUGCGUUGGAGACGAAACUCAGCGAGGCAGUCGCCGCCAUCGCGGAAGGCGCAGCCGAGGCCGCCAAUGAGGAAGGAGACGGCGAGGGGCUCAUCGAUUACGGAAGGUGGGAACGCAGGUGGGUGGCAAUCUACUCGCACAGCCGCAUCGCGGAGAUAAGGCCCCUACCCCGCCAUGCGCUGCCGCUGUCGCGCAGCGCGGCGGAUGCCCUAGAGCGCAGCGUGCAGCGCUACACGCGGGCGCUGCUGUGGUGCACGGCACUCGCGGGCAUGGCUUCCCGCAGCGUCGCUGCCGCGGCCGCCACGGGCCCCGGUUCCCGAGAACGCAGGUCGUCGCUGCCGACGGUGGUCACUCGCCGCCAAGUCGAACGCGCACUGUGCACGCAAGCACGCGCACGUGACCUGCACGUGCUUCCGCGACGCAUCGCGCUGACGCUGCGCAAAUGGGAACUGGACUACCCGCGCGAGGGUAAACUAUUCCGCACGAAGGAGAUGGCACGUCUGUUUCUGCAGAGUGAGCUAUCAAGGCGGGAUCCACCCCCGCCCCCAGCCCACCGAGCCGAAGAUCAGGAUCAGGAUCAGGACCAAGAUCAAGAUAGUAGUGCAAGUGAAAGUGCAAGCGAAGCAGAAAGGGAUGAGAUCGACCAGGCGGACUUGUUCCGAUCCGCAAUACAUGAAAAUCAGCUACUAAAGUGGUUAUCUAAGUGA